AUGACCAUGAACCGAGCCAUGCUAACUCGAACCAGCAGCGGUUACAAGUCCUUGAACAGGACCCCAUCGAGUGAAACAGGAGUCAAGAUGCCCAUCACCACUCCUCAGGCUGUCAAAGCCAAGUCUGCACGCCAACCCUUCUUUCUCUUCUUUCUCCUCUUUAUCUCAACACUAGGACCCCUUCAAUUCGGUUACCAUCUUGGUGAACUCAAUGCCCCAGAAUCAGUCAUCAGAUGCGAGGCCAAACAGCUACCCACCACAACGGACCUCAAUGCAUCCAAAUUCUCCAAAUGUAUCCCCAUGAAUUCAGGCCAAUGGGGCAUGAUCCAGUCUCUCUUUAGUGUCGGUGGUCUGUUCGGUGCUCUUCUCAUUGGCCGUGUGGCAACAAAGAGAGGUCGACGUUUUGCCUUGAGACUUCUUACCUUCUUCCUCGCCGUUGGUCCCAUUCUAGAGGCUCUUGCCAGCAAGAUGUGGAUGUUAGCACUGGGAAGAGCAGUAUCUGGUCUUGGAGCAGGUGCAGCCACCGUCGUGGGUCCCAUCUACGUUUCUGAGGUCUCACCUCUGAACAAACGUGGACUAUUUGGUGCAUUCACUCAAGUCCAAAUCAAUGCUGGUAUUGCUAUCUCUCAAUUGCUCGGCUACUUCCUGUCCAAGAAAUCAACAUGGCGUUGGAUCCUUGCUACUGCUGGAUUUAUUGCCGCUAUCAAUUUCAUUGGUCUCUUUUUUGCCCCAGAGACCCCAACUUGGCUUGCCGCCAACAAUCAGCCUCGAAAUGCCAGGCUAGCUCUUCAACGUAUCCGCGGUCGUACUGCUGAUAUCCGCGAGGAGAUGGAACAAUGGUCCAUUUCCGGUGAUCAUGAGCAGCAAAGCUUGCUACCACAGCAAAGAGCCCAUCCGACUGCCCAAGAACCCGCAAAAUCAUUCAUCGACGUGAUCAGAAUUCCCAAGUACAGACGAGCUGUUCUCGCAGUCAGUGCAACCAUGAUCGCCCAACAGCUUACCGGUAUCAACAGCGUCGUCAUGUACAGCGUCUCAAUUUUAGGAGAAGCUCUCCCACACAAAGCUGCACUGGUCACUAUCAUUGUCUCUGCAGCCAAUGUUCUGGUCACUUUGAUUUUCUCUCCUCUGGCUGACAAGAUUGGAAGGAAGAAAUGUCUUUUGGCAUCGAUCGCUGGAAUGGGUUUUGCUUCGGGAAUGCUCGCUGAUGGUCUUGCCAAAGACAAGAAAGUCCUUACCAUUGUUGGUGUUGCCCUAUUUGUUUGCAGCUUCGGCCUCGGAUUGGGCCCCAUACCUUUCAUUCUACCCAGUGAGCUUGUCGGACCUGAGGCCGUCGGUGCAAUAUCCAGCUGGGCCCUUGCUUUCAAUUGGCUCUCAACCUUUCUGGUAGCUCAAUUCGUCCCGAUUCUCAACAGCAAGUUGCCUCCAGGCAAACUAUACGUCAUCUUUGGUUCCAUCGCUGCAUUCUUCGGCAUUUUGAUCAGUCUGAUUGUUCCAGAAAGCAAAGGGAAAGCCAGUGCAGAGAAAGUUUGGGCAGAUCACGAUCGUGGCUGUCGAUACUGUCGCAUCUGCAAGGCGUGUUGUUUUGCUUGCCCAUGUGGUCGCAAACGGAGCAGAGGAGCUCCGGCCUCGACCUGA